AUGAGACUAGAUCAAGGAUCAUCGGUAAACGAUAAUGGAUGGAGUAGCAGACCCAGGCUGCAUGGGUCCUCCUACCCAUCCUCGACAUUGACGAAUCCAUGCUAUUUGGACACAAAUGUAUGCAAUGGAAUAGCUGAUGAAGCUAGACAAGUUGGACAAAUCGGUUGCAUAUUGAAAGAGGAGACAAAAGUUAUGCCGAGCCGCUUAGGCAGUGAGCUAGCUGCUUCUCCAUUUCUCGACAAAGACGCUAACGGUCCACCGACAUUGACGGGCCAUUUAGAAGCUUUGUUGCCAACCAAAAAGGCUAAUGAGGAUAGCAGAGCUGCAAUAGGAAUCAAAGAAAAGCAAUUUUAUGAGCAUAAAUGUCAAGGCCUCGUGAUAGGUGGAAAAGAAGAGGCGUUAGAAGAAGAUGAGGAAGAUGGCGAUGAAGACGAGGACGACGGAGAGGACGAGCUAGAAAAUCACGAGGAUACCAGAAAAACUGUAUUAUUGGUGGAUGGCAUUCCCUUGGCAACAUCAAUGUUCAUAUCGAGACUAAGUAGUGAUCAAGAUUACGCUCUUACUCCUCUUCAUUCUGCUGCAAUCACUACUGAUCAAUCUUUAUCCUCAAGUGUAUACACUCAUCCCACGGCAUGUUCUAGGUUAGAUUCUUCAUCUCUUUCCGCAUUCUCUUCCUCUUCCUCUUUUUCUUCUAUUUACUCUUUACCAGCCUCAUCAUCCGUUUCCUCACAUUCCACUGCCUUGGUCACUUCCAAACCUGUACUUGUAGUGCGCUCUCAAAUGGCUUCGGAGAGUACAGAGUCAGUAACAUCAUCCAACCAGAAGCAUCUCGACCCUGCAGUAACACCCAAGCCGCUGCCAAGCAACGGUAGCUUUGAAAAUUCGUCUUACUCAAUUGGGUCUCUUGGGAAACAGGGAUCCGAUUUUACUCCCGAGAACCCGCCCUAUGGUCAACUGAAUCCAUUAAGUGGUUAUGAUCAACAAAAACUUGACCAAUCUCUCCUCCAUUGUCAGGACUACCAGAAUGUGCAACACUCACAUGCGAAACAGAAGCAACAACAACAACAAAAGCAUCCGUUAUGUCUAACAAAGGUCUCAACAACUACUGGGAAUGCAUGGACGGAACUAGUUUCC